AUGGAACGACGGCAUGAUCAUGGAUUUCAAUCCCUCAAAGACACCAUUUUUUGGCCUUAUUCUAGUUGGAUUUUCACUCCCCACAGACUUGCUGUUCAACGGAGAUCCCAAGACGGCCCAUUUUAUAAUCGCCUCAAAAUUUCCUCCAUUUGUCACUCUCCAAAAGACCUGCAAUCUCAAGGUAAACCCAACAGGGAGCUGCAUCAGCAACAAAAACCACCACCUGGAUUGUAG